AAAAAACCUGAAAAGAAACAUGUUACUAAGAAAACCAUGGAUUCAGUCAUUGAUGAAAAUGACAAAAAUACAACAGAAAUUGCAAGAAAUGAAGUUGCAAUUGCUGUAAAAAAGGCAGCUACAGUGAAAAGGCUGAAAUUGCUGGAAGAACAGAGAAAAAAGAAGAAUGAGAAGUUAGCAUCUGUGAAACCCAAAAAGCCGGUGAACAAAAAAUCAAAUCCAAUUCAAGGUCCAGUUACUUGUUCUCCCCCUCCAAAUUUGAUUGCGAAAAGCUCUGCAUGUUUACCAUCAGCACCAAAUAAUGUCACAUCAUCCCAGUCUUACACCCCACAGAAAAUUUGUUCGUCCAAUCUUUCAGUCAGUUUAGUGAAGGACCGAAUCAAUGAAGAUCCCAUUCACGGACAAGAUUCAAUUUGUGAAACGCCUAUUACUAAAAUCACAACUUCCGAAGAAAUUUCCCUUGUCUCCAUAGUAACUGACGAUGAAAAUUUGGCAAACGAUAACCCACUAUCUUUGUUAGAAAACCCUCUAGACAUAUUUGAAUUUUCUGAGGAUGAAGCAAUGGCACUUGACUCUCUAAGUCAACCGAAAAUUGUUUCCCCAGUGAGAUCUACGAAUUCCCUCGUGCCUUCUUUAAAGGCAAAUACGCACUCAAAUAUCAACUGUGAUAUUUCUACCAAAUUUUCAUUUCCUGCUAAGAGUUUACUCAAGUCAGUUGAGAAAACGAAGGAUUCGCCUAGCGAGACACGUCGUACCAAACAGAAACCAACUUGCCAAUCAGAAAGUUCGGAAGGUAUUAAUGGAGGUUUACCUUUAGAGAAAUCUAGAUCUAAAAAUAAAGCAUUUUCGGCUGUUGCCGCUGCUAGAAAGCGCAAAUACCCUGAAAAUGGGGAAAAUACCAAUCAAUCUCUUACUACCAGCUGUGCCAUACUCUCUCAUUGUACAUCAGAAAAAGAAACGGAAACUGUUCAAAGUGCACCUGUAAAGAAAAAAAUUAAACAUACCAGUUGUUCCAUACUUUCAUACUUAUGUACACCAGAAAAAGGAAGGAAAACAUCUGUUAAUGCACCUUUAAAGAAAAACCAACUGCCCAGAGAUGACAGCUGCUCUCCUCCAUCAAGUACACAGAAAAAGUGAAUAUUUGUGUCGGAUGAAUAUUGUCGUCAUUGCGCAACGUGUUUUUUAAAUUAAUGUAUUGUAAUCUUGAAACGAAAUAAAAUCUUUGUGUCAUUUA